AUGCUCUCGUCUGCUGUCUCGUCAUCUGCCCGCGCACACCGCCCCGCCUUUCAUCCCUCUCGCUCUGCCCAGACCUUCAAAGCGUUUUAUGCAACCAUUCGCAGCCUACGGCAGUCCCAUGAAUCCCCGGAGCCAGACGAUGUAGAACCCUCUGAGAAGGACUUUAUCCUCGCGCUUCUCCGUGCCAACCCUUCCUCUCGCGACACCAAGUCAUUCCUCGCCUCAUUUGGCCCGAGACCACAGCCUCCUCAGCCACUCGUCGCUCGCCCUGCCGAAAUUCCGGUCACCACGGACAAGGACGUGGCACCCGUCGGAGACAAAACGCUGGGGAUCAAGCCGUCCACCAGCCCUGUGAUCGCUUCUAUCCUGAAUCCUGUCUACCAACGAACCGCUCUGGUAAAGCUACAAUCCCCCUUCAACGACCGUCAAUUGGAAAGCAUCGCGCGAGGCAUGGUCUACCUCGAGAAGCUCGGCCUGCUCAGCGUGCUUGUUGUAGAAAACGAUCAAGUCGCGCGCGGCUCCCCUCGAGAGCGCUCCGCUCUGUCGGCCGAGACGAUGCGCGUUGUCGACGCCCUCGAGAAACAAGGUGCACGGGCCCGUCCGGUGCUCGGCGCGGUCGUGCGCCUUGGGCCCAAGCCAGAGGACACCACUUCCCCCGAACCGCGAGAAUUCGACCUCCCGGAAGCUCACACAUUCCCUUCCGACCUCGUGCAUAUCCGGCUGGCGCUUCGAGCUGGCGAAAUCCCGGUGCUCUCACCUCUCGCCCUUGAUUCCUUCUGUCGGACUGUGCGGGUCAACGCGAACGAUGUUGUUGCGGCACUUGCGCGCGGUAUGGUCGAAGCGGCUGCGCACGACAACACCCCAGUUCCCGGUGAAGAACAGCCUCCUGCCUCGCAAGACGGUGUCGACCUCACCCCUCUUCGGCUGAUGAUCAUCGCGCGCGAAGGAGGCGUGCCCUCUUACGCCCGGCACGGCCUUCCCCAUCUUCUCGUCAACCUUACCUCCGAGUACCAAUACAUUCACGAAACCUUUGACCCGCGAUGGAGGACCGCCCAUCCGAAGGCGCUCGCUAACCUCAAACUGGCACGCACGUGUUUGGCCUACAUGCCCCCCACCUCCUCCGCCGUCAUGGUCUCCCAUCGAUCCCCGAGCUCGCUCAUCGGCAACCUGAUCACCAACCGGCCGGCGGUCAGCUCCAGCCUGCCCCACGCGCUCCUCCAGGGCAACCGCAAGCUCACCCCAGACACGCCCACCCUCCUCCGCCGCGGCCUGCCGGUCCGCGUGGUCCGCACGGUGGACGAGCUCGACAAGCCGAAGCUCAAGACGCUCCUCGAGCAGUCCUUCCGGCGCGAGCUCGACGAGCCCGCGUUCUGGGCGCGCAUGGCCGCCUCGCUCGACUUCGUCAUCGUCGCUGGCGACUACGCUGGGGCCGCGAUCGUCACGCGCGAGGUGUGCCCCUCGGGCGCCGGCGCCGCGCCGAUCACGUACCUCGACAAGUUCGCGGUGCUGCCCGCCCACCAGGGCGACGGCACCGUCGACUUCCUCUGGGUCGCGCUCCACGACGAGACGUACGGGCUCGGGCUGCCGUUCAGCGCGAACCCGAACGGCGGCAAGGAGGGCAAGGGCGCGGGCUGCGACCUCGUCUGGCGCAGCCGCGCGGACAACCCGGUCAACAAGUGGUACUUUGAGCGCAGCACCGGCCACCUCCGCCAGGGCGACUGGGUGCUCUUCUGGUGCGACGCGGAGGUGCGGCUGAAGACGGAGGAGGGGCGGCGCGCGAACGCCGGUCUGUCGUACCUCGAGCAGUGGGAAGAGGGCCGUCUCGGGCUGUGGAACGACGUCGUGAUGAAGAUUCCUUCCAGCUGGAAGCCCAAGGAUGUUAAAAAGGUGGAGAGUUGA